CAUAUACAAAUAACCAUAAUUAUGAUGAUGAAUUGAAAAAAUAAAAUUAUGUGGUACAAUCGUCAGAUGUUUAUACACAAAACAGGCAGUGCAAUUCCGUAUCAUCAGGCAGUACCCCAGUAACCCUACAAGAGGCUAGUGAUACGGUGUGACGUCAUAACACUGCAACAAAAUAGGUAUAAUCAAUCCAGCCCCAACACGAUGUUGCCAUACCAUUACACAAUUACAAUAAAGUUUAACUCGUUAGAGUGUAUUUUUAGAAGGCCUUGAAUAAGAUUGUCCAUUCAUUGGUUCAACGGAAUUUGCAUAAUCUAACCAUAACAUAGUAACCGAAGUAAAGUAAGACAAAUAAGUGAUCACUGGCUUUUUAUAUAGAAACUUUGACUUGACGAUACGAAUACUUUCUCGCUAGUUGUUCGUGCUUGUUACUGAAUCCUUACUCCCGUCGAGCUCUAACAGAACGUUCAAUUUAUUGAUGUAACAAACUACGACGCGACUCUGCUAUAAAGGCUUAAGUAUAUGAUCAGUCUCGCAGAGUAACAUCAGUCGUUUGUUUACAAUCAGUAAAGUCUCUUGUGUCAGUGAUUUCUUAUCAGUUAUCGCCCAAUUAUUUCUAAUCAAAUAACUUUGUCCCAAAAUAUAUUUAUUUUUAACGAUAAAAAUGGAAUAAAGCCUUUUAACUGCAUUGUUUGCCAAUAUUGGUUAUAAAAACGACUACAAUGUUAAAAAAAAAUAUUAAUAACAUUAUAAUAACCCUAAAGAUAGAGUUAUAUUGAAUUUAUGAAAUAAUACAAAGUGGAAAAUAUUUCAAUUGUUAUAAAUAAAGAAUCGCAAUGCAUGUGACCCGUGUUUUGUUUGUGAUUGGACUGCUUAGUGCAGUGGAAGCAUACAGAAUAUUAGUUGUUUAUCCUUUCCCAAUACGAAGCCUUAAUAUAUUGGGCGAGGGUUUUGUCAGACAUUUCCUGAAUGCAGGCCAUGAGGUCACAUUCGUAACGAGUUACCCUCAGAAAAAUGACAACCCAAGGUUACGUCAAGUUGAUAUUAGCAGCAACAUAUUGGAUAUGGCAGAUGAAGGGUACAGUAUAAGCAAUGUAAUGAACGAAGAAGUAAUCGCGAACGAUAUGAAAAUGUACCAAGAUUUUGCGUUACAAAAUGCAAUCAUGACCCUUAACGAUAAAAACUUUAAACAACUGCUAGAAGACACAACCCAAUCUUUUGACGCCGUGUUAAUAGAUUAUUACGAAACUGAGAUCUAUGCGGGUCUAGCUUAUUUGUAUGAAUGCCCAAUAAUCUGGGCCACAUCAAUGGGACCUCAUUGGCAAGCAUUGCGGCUGAUCGACGAGCCUUCCAACCCGGCAUACACGGCGGACUAUCUGUCCUCAAACGUCGUGCCUUUCACCUUUCAACAGAGAAUCGAGGAGUUGUGGGCACAAAUUAAGUGGACGUGGUGGAAAUGGACAAGUACUCUUCCCCAGGAAAGAAAAGCAUUUCAGGAGAUAUUCCACCAUUUUUUCGAAAAACGUGGAAGCACUUUACCCGACUACGAUAAAAUGAUUUAUAAUUCCUCCCUCGUAUUUAGCAACAGCCAUUGUGCUUUCGGAGAUAUACCAAGCCUACCACAGAACUUGAAACUUAUUGGUGGUUAUUAUAUUGAACAUCCACCGAAACCUUUACCACAGGAUCUUCAAUUUAUAAUGAAUAGCGCUAAGCAUGGAGUAAUAUACUUUAGUAUGGGAUCCACAUGGAAUAGCAAAGAUUUCCCUAAGUCUACUAUCGAGAGUUUACUGAAGGUUUUUGGAAAACUCAAGCAAACUGUAAUUUGGAAAUUCGAAGAUGAAUUGCCUAAUCUUCCUGCCAAUGUGAAGGUAUUAAAGUGGGCGCCGCAAACCAGCAUAUUAGCUCAUCCAAAUUGUCUUCUAUUUAUAACACACGGUGGUCUUUUGUCUUCUACUGAGUCUAUUCAUUAUGGAGUGCCAAUAAUAGGCAUACCGAUAUUGUUCGACCAAUUUGUUAACGUCAACAAAGCGGUGGCAAAAGGAUUUGCGAUAAGGGUACCUUUGGAUUAUAACAUGCCUAAUAAUUUGGAAGUAGCUGUCCAAAAAAUGCUCACCGACCCGAAAUAUAGAAAAUUAGUGAAGAACUUGUCGUCUAUAUACCACAAUAGACCGCUGCUACCAGGGAAAGAAGCCGUUUACUGGGUGGAAUACGUGAUCCAGACAGAAGGUGCCCUGCACUUACGAACGCCCGCGCUUAGUGUAUCCUUCUACCAGAAAUAUUAUCUGGACCUGGUCGCCAUUUUGCUCGCUACAGUAUAUGUUUUAUACAGAAUUAUGAAAAUAUUGCUUUCAAAGAUGAAAAUAUUUUCGAAGAGACCAAAAGAAAAGAAGAAUUGAUAAAUCAAAUUGGAAUAGAUUAAAGUUUUAGCUAUUCAAUAAAUGUAAUGUAUUUCAAUUUAAUUUAAUCAAUGAUGUUUAGUACAUUUGUGAAAAUUCAAUUUAGUUUUAAUUUUUACUAUGUUUUUAUUAAUUAAGAUGAUUC